GACCCUCCCCCUUGCUGUAUAAACAGGGCUGGUUGGGAUUCCAGACACUUCCUGCUGCAGAAUGCUACCACAUGGGACAUUCACUGCCUGGUUGCUGCUCCUGUCUCCACUCCUUGUGCUGCUGGGAGUAACCCUGAGCUGGGCUGUCUGUCCCUGUGCAGACCCAGCCCUUUGUGAUCCCAUCAAACACAUCCCAGACUUCGAGGUUUUUGUGUUUCAUGUUGGCCGAAAGUCAUGGAAGCUGUACGACUGGUCAAAUAUCACCACUGUGGCGCUGUUUGCACAAUAUGAUCCGGAACUCAUGUGUUUUGCACAUUCUAAAGGAGCCAGAUUUGUACUGAAAGGUGAUGUUCGUAUUACGGACAUGGUUGACCCAGAUAACAGAACGGCUUGGAUCACGGAGAAGGUAAAUCUGGCAAAGCAUCAAUUCAUGGAUGGAAUUAAUCUGGACAUUGAGCAGCCGAUCUUCAAAGGAUCGCCGCAAUAUUACGCAUUAACUGCACUGGUCAUGGAGACAACAGACGCGUUUCACAGAGAAAUUCCUGGGUCUCAGGUAACAUUUGACGUGGCGUGGUCACCUGACUGUGUGGACUUACGCUGUUAUAACUACAGUGCGAUUGCAUCUUCCUGUGACUUUCUGUUUGUUAUGUCUUAUGACGAGCAGUCCCAGAUAUGGACAGAGUGUGUGGCAGGGGCAAACGCUCCCUACAAUCAGACCCUGGAAGGUUAUGAUAAAUUCAUUAAUUUGGACAUUGACCCCAAAAAGCUUGUUAUGGGUGUCCCUUGGUACGGCUACGAUUACACUUGCUUGGAGUUAUCACAGGAUAAUAAAUGUGCUCUUUUUAAACGGCCUUUUCGGGGCGCCCCCUGCAGUGAUGCGGCAGGAGUCCAGGUGUCGUACCGUGCCAUCAUGAAGCAGGUGAAUGGAUCCAGUAGUGGAAGGCUAUGGGAUGAUCAGCAGAAAUCUCCAUUCUACAAUUACAAGGAUAAAUCUGGCAGUGUCCACCAGGUCUGGUACGAUGACCCUGAGAGCAUUUCUCUGAAAGUAGCUUAUGUAAAGACGGGUGGUCUGAGAGGCGUGGGCAUGUGGAAUGGUGACCUUCUGGAUUAUUCUUCGGAUCCUAGUGCUCAGGAACAAACUGCAGCCAUGUGGAAGGCGCUGCUUCCUUGACCCUUCGAUGACCAUCUCCCACCAGCUCUGUAAUUUGGCUGUCCGAGAGGCGGAUUAAAUAAACCUUCUUACAGUGUCUUUCAUUAUCAAUAGUUGAAUCUGAAUAAAAAUGCAACUUUAUUCACUAUUA